AUGGCCGGCCAGGAAUUCAAUGUCUCCUUUUCCGCCAAGACAGACAACGCACAGAGCAUCCCAUUUAACACGGGCAUCUGCACUGGUAACACUGCUCUCGGCCAGGCCUCAAUCAACGCCAAGCUGACCACCCAGUGGCAGCAGUUCACCGCCACCGUCACAGCGUCCCAGAGCGUCAACGGCGGCGCCCUCCGACCUCAGUCGACGUUUCGUGAGGAUAUUGUGCAGGCCUAUGCCGACCUCAAGCCGAAGUACAUCCUCUUACCCGGUGGCAACGACCAGCAGGACCACUACUACUGGAACAAGACGAUCGGCCCGAUCAUCACUCGCCCUGGUCGUAAGGGCGCCGACCUCCGCGCCAAGAACGGUCGCGCCCAGCCUUGGACGAUUGUCACCAAGCUUGAGAUCGGAAACGAGGACUUCAUCGGCAACGGGCCCCAGUCGUACCAGAGCCGCUUGAACACCAUUACUGGCGCUAUCAAGAAAGACAUUGUCAACCGCUUCGAGCUCAUCUCGAGUUCACAGAAUAUCACCGGCUGGACCUCUGUUGAUUUGCACGAUUACGGUCACCCGAGCUUCUUUGUGGACAAUUACCGCCGUUUCGACAACAUGACCCGCGAUGGCCAUUUUUACUACGAGGAUGAGUUUGCUGCCAUCAACUCUGGUCUCGGCGGCUCCUCGGAGAAUGGCUACACAGGCCCUCACCGCCUUGGUUCGGUCGUGUACAACCAGUGGGCACCAAACCUCAUCGGCUUCAACCCCUCUGGCGUCCUCAGGACCACAUCGUACUCGGUGCAGCAAGGAUACUCUCUAUACCCGACAUCAUAUAACCUUCUUAGCAUCCAGGCAAGCGCACAGCCGGACAGCGCUCAGACGAUGAACGUCCAGCUUAGGGACGCCAAGCUCACGACUGAUGGGUCCAACAAGUGGCAAUUCAACCCUUCGGGUAACACUAAUUUGCAGGCAGCAAACACCUUCGACACUUCCAACGCGGUGUCGGUCAGCCAGAAAGUCCUUACCUCGAGUGAGAUCGUCAGCGACACGCUGAGGCUCUCCCUUCCUGCUUACUCUUUCACCACGGUUUCUGUCCGUGGCACAUAA